AAUGUCUUAAAGUGCCAGGGAUUCUUUUGAGCGUUCUUGUUUUACAAGCAUAUGUGCAGCCUGCGCUUGCCAACACGUUGAGUUGUCGGUCUUGCAAUAAUGCAAUGACCUUGUCCGAAUGUACAGGAAUGGUGGACUGUGAUAAUUCAACAAAGGCAUGUUUCACAGAUGAAUUAAUAACAGACCAAUUAAGCAUUGUGUACAACGCAGGAUGCAGGAGUAAAAAUGUAUGUAAAGCUUCCGGUGGCAUUGCCAGACAAAAGAAGAUGGGUCUGCUUGCAUGUGCCAAGUGUUGCCACUCAGCUGACGACUGUAACUCCAAUCUUUGUGGUAUAAAACAAGCACAUGCCAAACCUAUACCCAAACCUGCCAACCCGCUGAGCUGUCGGUCUUGCAACAACGCAUUGACCUUGUCUGAUUGUACAGGCAUGGUGGUCUGUGAUAAUUCGACAGAGGCUUGUUUCACAGAUGAAUUAGUAACAGACCGAUUAACUAUUGUGUACAACGCAGGAUGCAGGAGUAAAAGUCAAUGUGUUUCUUCAGGUGGCACUGCGAGACAGAGGAAGGGGAAUCUCUAUGCAUGUUCCAGGUGCUGCCACCUAACUAAUGACUGUAACUCCGACCUGUGUACUUUAAAACAAGCACAUGCAACCAUUCAACACAGACCUUCUGACGAAAUGAAAUGUAAAAGGUGCAAUAAAGCACAUUCACUGUCCGAAUGUACCGACAUCGUUUUGUGUACUAGUAAAGAGGAGUGUUUCAUGGACCAACUCAUUACAGACCAUUUGGAAACUGAAUAUGAGGGCGGCUGUAGAUCCAGAGAGGUUUGUGGUACAGUUGCAUCCACAUUGGUUGGAAAGAAAAAGAGGAACUCAUUGAUCUCAUGUUCCAGAUGCUGCAGGACGAAUGACUUCUGUAACAAGCAGCUGUGUGGAAUACCUGUAUAGUUUUCUGCAUAUACUAUAUGCAUGUAUAUACGAAGUGACAGAAUGGUGUUAUUUUCUGUAUAUGAUGUACAUGUAUUGUUUCUUUCUUUUUUAUAAAAAAAAUCAAACAGA